UGAGUAAACAGCACCGGGUCUUCCCGCUUUGUCUCGAAUUAAUUAGGGUUUUCCAGAUCGACGGGACGUCAAAUAGGGCUUGGGCGAGAGAUUUUGUGAGAGAGAGAGAGAGAGAGAGAGAGAGAGAGGAAUUGGAGAUCGUUUGAUGGCGGCAAAGAGCAAGCAAGAGCUGGGGGUCGAGGGGCAGAGGCACCUGGAGGAGACCAUCAACGCGGCGUUCCAGAUCCUCUCCUCCAUGAAUGACGAGCUCUGCAACCCCGUCCUCUGGUCCACGCUCUCCCCUGGCCAUCCCUCCGCAGCCUUGGCAGGUGCUGGCGAUGCGCCAGUAGACUCCUCCUCGCACCCGUCGGAAGCGGGUGGCGGCAGCGGCGGCGGAGUGCUCGACGAAGCCCGGCUACGCUACAAGUCUGCGGUCCUUGCCCUUCGUUCUUGUAUUGCCGCCAUUCCAAGCGCCACACAGGAGGCAGGUGCAUUGGAUUCCAGAGCAGAUGCAGUUGAACUUGAGAGACUGGAAGAGCGGGCAUCUUCUUUAAGAAAGACACAAAGAUAUGCUACUGAGACCAUCCGGUGUAAAGAGUUGUUUGGCCUUACCCAAGAACUCGAAAACAAGAACAAGCAUCUCAAGCUUCUUAUUGAUCAACUUCGAGAUCUGAUCACUGACAUUGCAAUGUGGCAGAGUCCUUGUUCUGUAUGAUCUUCAGCUGGGCCAAGGUUGACGGACAUUGCAAAGCUCUCAAUUUUCCUUUUUGUGCUCUGGAAAUUGAAUCUUGGGAGAUAUGUAAAUUAUUAUGCAAAAUCAUCUAUUAAGUGUCCAUCUGGAAACAGAAAACAACUACUGUACUUUUAGCGUCUGCUUCUGUUGCUAACCCAUCAUUAGGAUGAAAAAAAGAUGUAGCUACAGCUCCACAUGGCCUUAUUGUUUUGAAGGUUCAUUGUGAUUGGCAAAGCUACUGCUCUUUCUGGAUUGA